AUGUCCUCGGGAUCUUUCAAUAACUUUCAAACUCUCCUCGACCAGCAGGUCGGAUCACUUCAAAAACCCUCCUCAUGGCCACCCCUGCCAGUAGCAACAGAUAAUCGAAACACGCAGAAGCGUAUUCCCGCAGCCUCCUUGCGCUUCCAAAGUGCUGCUUGGGUUACCGCUGGUGGCGGCAUGGCUGCCACACUGGCUGGCGUACGAAGAAUCUUUCGAAACUUCCGUGGACUGAAAUAUUUUUGA